AUAUUUUCUUAUUAUUAUAAUUGAAUUUGCCUCCAACUCCAACUUCAACUUAUAUAUAUAUACACUAUAUGGCUAUAUUUAUGCCACCUGAAAUCAGUCUAUCAGAUCAAAAUCCAUCUCAAAAAAUUCAGGCAUACCCCAUCUUUCUCAGAAGCCAAACGCCCCCACAAACACGGAGCUUCUGAAAUCAUCGAAAAUGGGUAUGUCGAUUUUCCUCUCUCACUCAUCUUCUUUGAUGUACACACCCAGUGAUUUUGAUUUCCUCCUCCAACCCAUCUUUUUACGUGGCUUUUCUGGUUCAUUGCACCUGGUUUUGUUGCUUUCUCUGUUUCUCUCAUGGGUUUGCAGGAAAAUCAGGGUGGGUCGUCGCAAUGAAGGUCCGAAACAGAGUACUAGGAAAUCUAGCUUUUCGUAUUAUAAUCCAAUUCUGUUUUGUUGUUUGGGUCUUUCAAUCUUCAAUCUCGUCCUUUGUUUUUUGAAUUACUUUUUUUGGUAUAGAAACGGUUGGUCUGAUGAAAAGGUUAUAACCCUUUUGGAUUCAGUACUCAGAACACUCGCUUGGUUAUCAAUCUCUGUUUAUUUACACACCCAUUUUGUUAAUUCGGGUGAACCAAAGCACCCAAUUUCGUUAAGAAUUUGGUGGGGCUUUUACUUCUUAAUCUCUUGUUAUUCCCUUGUCAUAGACUUCUUCUUUAAGAAAGAAGACCAGGCUUUACCAACUCAGUUGUUGGUCUCUGAUGUGAUUUCCACAGUUUCUGGGCUGUUCCUCUGUUUUGUGGGGUUUUUGGGGAAGAAGGCAAGUGAAGAAACCCUUCUUCAAGAACCCCUUUUGAAUGCUAGUUCUAAUCUAACAAGUAAUGGAACAGAGUCAAACAAGUCUAGUGUAGGUGGAAUUGUUGCCCCUUGUUCCAAUGCUAGUAUUUUUAGUAUCCUCACAUUCUCUUGGAUGGGUCGUUUGAUCGGAACCGGUUACAAGAAAGCAUUAGACCUCGACGAUGUUCCUCAACUCGAUGGUGUCGACAGUGUCAAAGGGGCUUUUCAAAUUUUUACAACUCAGCUAGCAGAGUCUGAUAGUGGUAGUGAUGGUAAAAUCACCACAAUCAAGCUUGUGAAGGCUGUGAUCUUCACAACAUGGAAGGAGAUUCUGAUAACAGCUCUUUUAGCACUUGUCUACACAUUUGCUUCUUAUGUUGGUCCAUACCUCAUUGACACCUUUGUUCAGUACCUUAAUGGGCAUCAAACCUUUGAAAACGAAGGGUUGGCUUUGGUUUCUGCAUUUUUCAUUGCGAAGCUUGUUGAGUGCUUGUCGCAGAGGCACUGGGCCUUUAUGUUGCAAAAGGCUGGAAUUAGAGCCAGGGCAGUACUUGUUGCCAUGAUAUACAAAAAGGGUUUGACCAUUUCGGGCCAGUCAAAAAAGGGACACACAAGUGGGGAGAUCAUCAAUUUCAUGUCUGUCGAUGCUGAGAGGGUUGCAGAUUUUAGUUGGUACAUGCAUGAUCCGUGGUUGGUGAUCCUGCAAGUUGUUCUGGCCUUGGUGAUCUUGUAUAAAAACCUUGGCGUUGCAUCCAUUGCUGCAUUAGUUGCCACCGUGUUGGUGAUGUUGGUGAAUGUCCCAAUUGGGAGAUUUCAGGAGAAGUUUCAGGAGAAGUUAAUGGCAUCAAAAGAUAAAAGAAUGAAGGCAACAUCCGAAAUCUUGAGGAACAUGAGGAUUCUCAAGCUUCAGGCUUGGGAAAUGAAGUUUUUGUCGAAAGUUAGUGAGCUCAGGAACACUGAAGAAGGGUGGUUAAGAAAAUACAUGUACACUGCAGCCAUGACAACUUUUGUCUUCUGGGGAGCACCUACAUUUGUGUCAGUUAUCACUUUCGGGGCUUGUUUGCUUCUGGGGAUCCCACUUGAAUCGGGGAAGAUCUUAUCUGCGCUCGCAACAUUUAGAAUCCUUCAAGAGCCAAUCUAUAACCUACCAGAUACAAUCUCAAUGAUAAUUCAGACUAAAGUUUCCCUUGAUAGGAUCGCCUCGUUCCUUCGCCUUGAUGACCUACCACAUGAUGUUCUAGAGAAACUUCCUAGAGGUAGUUCAGACAUUGCAAUUGAGAUAAUUGAUGGGAAUUUCUCUUGGGACUUGUCUUUUCCUAAUCCAACAUUGAAAGAUAUAAACAUCAAAGUGUCUCGCGGCAUGAGGGUUGCUGUUUGUGGGACAGUUGGCUCGGGAAAGUCGAGCUUGCUCUCCUGUAUUUUGGGAGAAGUUCCAAAAAUAUCAGGCACUGUUAAGCUCUGUGGAAUGAAGGCGUAUGUUGCUCAGUCGCCAUGGAUACAGAGCGGAAAGAUAGAAGAGAAUAUACUGUUUGGCGAGGAGAUGGAUCGGGAAAGGUAUGAGAAGGUCCUUGAAGCAUGUUCUUUGAAGAAGGACUUGGAAAUUCUAUCAUUUGGUGAUCAGACAGUCAUAGGUGAGAGGGGAAUCAAUUUGAGUGGGGGACAGAAGCAGAGGAUACAGAUUGCACGCGCUCUAUACCAAGAUGCGGAUAUUUAUCUAUUUGAUGAUCCAUUUAGUGCUGUGGAUGCUCAUACCGGCAGCCAUCUCUUUAAGCAAUGUUUAUUGGGGCUUUUGGAUUCAAAAACAGUGAUUUUUGUUACUCAUCAAGUAGAGUUCUUACCAGCGGCAGAUCUCAUCUUGGUCAUGAAAGACGGAAGGAUCACUCAAGCCGGGAAAUACAAUGACAUUCUCAAUUCCGGGAGUGAUUUUAUGGAACUUGUUGGUGCACAUAAGGAAGCUUUAUCAGCACUAGAUUCCACAGUGGCUGAGUCAUGCUCGGAAAAAUUGACUGUCAGCGAGGAAGACGGUGGUUUGGGGAGCGUUCAGAAAUCUGUCCAGAAAGAGGAAGCCGGGCAUGGUCAAAAUGGUAAACCAGAUGGUACAGCAGGACAAAAAGGACAGAUUGUUCAAGAAGAAGAAAGAGAGAAAGGCAGAGUUGGCCUUUCGGUCUACUGGAAAUACAUAACAACAGCGUACGGAGGAGCUCUUGUGCCCUUCGUUUUGUUGGCACAAAUUUUAUUUCAGAUGCUUCAAAUAGGAAGCAAUUAUUGGAUGGCUUGGGCAACGCCUGUGUCGAAGGACGUGGAGGCUCCAGUUGGAGGUUCUACUCUCAUGAUCGUCUACGUGACUUUGGCAAUUGGAAGUGCUUUCUGUGUUUUGGCCAGAUCUGUACUUCUCGUUACGGCUGGGUACAAGACUGCCACUACACUCUUCAAUAAAAUGCAUUUAUGCAUUUUUCGUGCUCCCAUGUCGUUCUUUGACGCCACACCAAGUGGUCGAAUCUUAAAUAGAGCAUCAACAGAUCAAAGUGCAGUGGAUUUGAACAUUCCGUUUCAAGUUGGGUCAUUUGCCUUCUCAAUGAUACAGCUCCUUGGAAUUAUUACAGUAAUGUCGCAGGUUGCGUGGCAGGUGUUCAUAAUAUUUAUUCCAGUGAUUGCAACCUGUGUUUGGUUACAGCAAUAUUACAUACCUUCAGCGCGAGAACUGGCACGAUUAGUUGGAGUAUGCAAAGCUCCAGUUAUACAGCAUUUUGCUGAAACCAUCUCAGGAUCAACAACCAUUAGGAGCUUUGAUCAGGAACCGAGAUUCAAGGAGCUGAGUAUGAAACUGAUAGAUGCGCAUUCUAGGCCGAAGUUCUACUCCGCUGCUGCAAUGGAGUGGCUAUGCUUCCGCUUGGAUGUGUUGUCUUCUAUUACAUUUGCUUUCUCUUUGGUUUUCUUGAUCUCUAUGCCAACAGGAGCAAUUGAUCCAAGUGUUGCGGGGUUAGCAGUGACAUACGGGCUUAAUCUGAACAUGUUACAAGUAUGGGUUAUAUGGAAUCUUUGCAAUCUGGAGAAUAAAAUCAUAUCUGUUGAAAGAAUAUUUCAAUACACAUCUAUCCAAAGUGAGCCCCCGCUUGUGAUAGAAGAAAAUAGACCAGAUAGUCAGUGGCCAUCACAUGGAGAUGUUCAUAUCAAAGAUCUACAGGUCCGAUAUGCCCCACACAUGCCACUUGUGUUACGAGGCCUUACGUGUACUUUCCCUGGAGGAAUGAAAACUGGAAUUGUGGGGAGGACGGGCAGUGGUAAAUCAACCCUCAUACAGACACUUUUCCGCAUUGUUGAACCUGCAGCUGGUCAGAUUCUGAUAGAUGGUAUCGUCAUCUCCUCAAUUGGGCUACAUGAUUUACGAUCUAGAUUAAGCAUCAUUCCUCAGGAUCCGACCAUGUUUGAGGGGACAGUGCGAAGCAACCUGGACCCACUUGAAGAGCACACAGAUGGACAGAUUUGGGAGGCUCUUGAUAAGUGCCAACUUGGAGAUGAAGUCAGGAACAAGGAAGGCAAGCUUGAUUCAGCAGUUACAGAGAAUGGGGAGAAUUGGAGCAUGGGUCAGAGGCAGCUGGUUUGUCUCGGCCGGGUGCUACUCAAGAAGAGCAAGGUCUUGGUGCUUGAUGAAGCUACGGCGUCAGUUGAUACAGCGACUGACAAUCUUAUUCAGCAAACGCUUAAGCAACACUUCACGGAUUGUACAGUGUUAACCAUUGCACAUAGGAUAACAUCUGUGGUUGAUAGUGACAUGGUUCUACUGUUAGAUCACGGACUUAUUAAGGAAUUUGAUUCUCCAACAAAGUUGCUUGAAAAUAAGUCAUCCUCGUUCGCGAAGCUUGUUGCAGAGUACAGUACAAGGUCAAAUUCUAAUUUUGAAAAGUCGGCAAACAGUUGAAGUCAGACCUUUAUUGGGAACCAUUAAACUCUGAGCUUCGAUGAUUGAUGACAGAAAAUACGCAGUGCUUAGCAUCCCCGACGCAUUUUGCACCAGAGGAUUGAAUAUCCUUUUUUUAUUUAAUUGUUCUACUAUUUUAGAAAAACUGGUCAUGGAAAACCAAGCCAUAGGUUAGUUCAAUUCUAUGCAGGAUCUACUGCAAUGAUGUUCAAGUUUAUGUAAAAUUUUGGUAAUGUAGUCUUAUUUAUGUAUAAUAUGUUUGCAAUAAAACCAUUUCAUGGUGGCCUUCUGUUUGAGAAAAUAA